CCCAGGAUCCUUCACAGUCGUAUAAACAGACAAGUUUAACACCGAUUCACAUGGAGAAAUUUAGGACAGCUUCCAGUCAGAGGGUGAAGCUCUGACACAAAUCUCAAAUUACAGUGAUCAACUCCAAUUACCAAACUGUGAUUUGCUGAAAGAAAAUCAGGAACAACCCCGGAAUUGGUCGUAACAAGUUUACAAGGACGGAACUGGAGGAUCCAGGCAUUAACAGAGAAUCUGCAGGUCAAGAUCCCGCAGUGAAUGAUAGAGUGAGGAGAAAGGUCCACAGCUGAAAGGAAAUAGGGGUUGCAGACUGAAGAUCAACAGCAGGUGACCCAGCACAGGAUUGUGGGAGCACCAACCAGGGAGAACCCUUCCAAUUCAAAAAGCUUCCAUAGAUUGACUGGAGAGAAAGAACAUCCUAAUCUGGGAACAUCUGGCAUCACCAUGGCUGAAGGUUAGAACAAGACAGAAUAUCGAACAACAACAGGAAUAAGAAUGGCCACAGAUCCAAACUCCAGAAUCACUGAGAUCUUGACAAAAUGGGAUGAUUUCCAGCUGUUCCAGUUGACAAAAUUUUACUGGGACAGACUAGAACAGGCGAUUGAAGAAGGGGUGGAUGGACUCAGCUCAUUGUUAACAUUCGAGCGGAUUUUUAAUGGACAAGAACAUCGGAAAGUCACCGAGCUCACGGAUAAGGGAAACUGGGCGGAGAGUUCCAAGCUUCUCCUAAGUCUGGUGAUGGAGAAAGGCUCUUGGGCCCGAAGGGUGAUGUGGGAAUCCUUUCUGAAAGUGCAUCAUGGGGUCCCAAAGUUGAAUAAAAUAAUAAAAGAAAUACAGGAACUUGGUUCUGAUCCAUUUGAUUACAUGAACAUUGGAAGAGGCUUAUCUGAAGUACCCAGUCACCUGAAAGGUGUUCAGCAGAAACACAAGGAGAUCCUCCGGGUACAAACUGAAACAUUGAGAGUGAACACUAUCCUAAUAAAGGAGAAGAUUAAGAUUUUCCAGCUGGUUGAUCGAUACGCUGAGCUAACAAUCAUUUCUAAUGUUCGAGAUCGGACACUUGUAGAACAUGAACUGCUGGCAAGAGGCCGGGACCAUGAAGAGUGGAGAGAGAAACAUCUCCGGAGAGAACUGGAAAAAAUCCGAACUGAUCAAUUAUUCCAGAGCAGUUUUUCCCUGAGAAAAUCUGAAUCUGGGAGCUCCGCAGCAGUGAGUGGAGUCCCAGGGAUUGGAAAAACAACAAUGGUACAAAGGAUUGUUUAUGACUGGGCCACUGGGAAAAUAUUUCCAGACUUUCAAUUUGUUUUCAGUUUUAAAUUCCGGGAUUUGAACAAUAUUAACAGUAGAAUAAAUUUGAGGAAUUUGAUCCUGGAUCAGUAUCCUUACUUUGGGAAUGUUCUGGGAGAGCUCUGGAAGAACCCAGAGGGAUUGCUGUUUAUAUUCGAUGGUUUGGAUGAAUUCAAGGACAGUAUUGAUUUUGCUGAUAAUCAGAGAAAUACAGAACCUCAGUUCAUGUGCACAGACCCUGAAUGCUGGUGUGAAGUGUCUGACAUUGUGUCCAGUUUAAUACAGCACAAGCUGCUCCCAGGAUGUUCAGUGCUAGUGACCAGCCGCCCCACUGCAUUACAUUUAUUGGAAAAGGCUGAGAUCAGUGUCUGGGCUGAAAUCCUGGGAUUUGUUGGUGAUGAACGGAAGGAAUAUUUCAACAAGUUUUUUGAAGAUCAGACGGUGGCAGCAGCUGUUUUCAAACACGUGGAGGGGAACGAGAUCUUGUACACCAUGUGCUACAACCCUUCCUACUGCUGGAUCCUCGGUCUGUCACUGGGUCCUUUCUUUACACAAAGAGACAGGAAACAGCAGCAAGUUCCCAGGACCAUCACCCAACUGUAUUCCUACUAUAUUUACAACAUUCUGAAAAACCAUGGCCGAGAGAUUGAAAGCCCCCGUGAUGUGUUCCUGAAGCUUGGUGAGAUGGCCUUCACAGGAGUCUCUGAGAAGAAGAUUGUGUUUAGAAAUGGAGAUUUGAUCAAGUACAAUCUGCAACCUUCCCAGUUCCUGUCUGGGUUCCUGAUGGAACUUUUGGAGAGAGAUGAUUCUACCCAGAAUGUGGUUUACACGUUCCCACACCUCACCAUCCAAGAGUUUGUAGGUGCACUCGCACAAUUCCUGACUCCCAAUCCCAAGGACAUCCAGAAACUGCUCAGUGAAGCAGACAGUGAAAAAGAUGGGAGAUUUGAGAUAUUUCUCCGUUUUGUUGCUGGUCUCUCCUCCCCACAGUCAGCUUGGCCCCUGGAGGAGUUUCUGAGUCCAUUUCUUCAUCAAACAACCUGUCGAGUGAUUGACUGGGUGAAGGAGAAGGUUAAAGGUCAGAUUGGAAACACAGCUACUGAAACUGGUAAAAGGAACCUCCUGAAUACAUUCCACUACCUGUUUGAGUCUCAGAAUAAAGCACUGGCUCAGGCCACAUUGGGAGCUGUGGAAACACUUGCAUUUAGUGGAUUGAGACUGACCCCGAUUGACUGUGUGGUCCUGUCUCAUGUCCUUGGACUCUGUGAUACAAUAAAAUGCCUCGAUCUAAACCAGUGCAACAUUCAGUGUGAAGGACUCCAGCGGCUGGAAAACAUUCUGUACAAAUGCCAGAAGUUGAGACUGAGUUCUAUUAAUCUGGGAGAUUCAGGAGUGAAACUACUGUCUGCGGCCCUGAGGAAUCCAGGCUGUAAAAUACAGGAACUGGACCUGUUUGGUAACAAUCUCACAGGUUCUUGUGCCGAGGAUCUCAACUUUGCUCUCAGUACAAACCGGUCUCUGACGGAUCUGAACCUUGGACUUAAUAAACUGGGAGAUUCAGGGGUGAAACUAUUGUCUGAGGCUCUGAGGGAUCCGGACUGUAAAAUACAGAAACUGUGUCUGAGGAAUAACAAUCUCACAGAUUCUUGUGCCAAGGAUCUUGCCUCUGUGCUCAGUACAAACCAGUCACUGACAGAUCUGGACCUGGGUGGUAAUCGACUGGGAGACUCAGGAGUGAAACUACUGUCUGUGGCUCUGAGGAACUUGGAAUGUAAAAUACAGACACUGAGUCUAUAUGGUAACCGUCUCACUGAUUCUUGUGCCGAGGAUCUCGCCUCCGCUUUCAGUACAAACCGGUCACUGACGGAUCUGAACCUGGGAUUCAACCGCUUCACAGACCAAUCUGUCCCCGCUCUCCGCCAGCUCAUUCUGACCUGCAGGACUCUAAAUCUGAUCGAGCUGUGGAGCAAUCAGUUCAGUUUCAAUGGAGGAAAUCAGCUGAAGUCGCUGCAGGGAACCAGAUCUGGACUGAGUGUGAAAUAUGAACCUUUGGAUUUAUAAACAUUCCUGUUCUCAUUGUAGGAACAUUUUUAACCCAGUUUCUGUCCCUCCCCUUUAACCGGCCGCGCUCCAGGUUUUAAUCCUAUUGGCCGUUUCCCAGUUUCCACCUCGAGCUGAGUGAGCGUCAUCUCCCAUUGUGACGUCAGAGGCCCAGCAACAGGGUCACGAGAAUCAGCCGCCCGGCCCCACAGGCGCAGCUUCUGCAGGAUAUCCGGGGCUAAAUGUUCCCCAAUGGGGCACUGGGGAAAUGUACAGACAGGGAGGGCCCAGGUGGGGAUCAGUCUGGGCUGCAGUGGGACAUUGACAAUUACAUUCAGUAUUCCUGGGUUUGGGGAUAAAGCCCCUAGGGCUCCCGCCCAGUGACCCUGCUGGGAAGUGAACCUGUGUGGCUUCAGGGUGGGUGCAGGGUCUGUUCAGCUGGGAUAGAUCCCACUGUCCAAUAGAGACAAACACCCACUACAUGGGGUGUCCCAGAGAGAGUAUCCUAUUGGGGAGGUUUCAGCGGAUUCUGUAAGCGAGGGAUGAGACUGAAAGUAUCAAUGCUUUGCUGUCGUCCCUAAGAAAGAAAGCAUCAGUUGUUGAAACAAUGUGUUGAAUUUAGACUCUGCCCUAUUGAUAUUGCUGCAAUUUACACACUGAAGGGCGAGUUUCCAAACAGCUGGAAUGACAAGGAGGACUGGAGUGUGUCAAAUAUAGAAUUUGACCUGGUAAAUUCACCCACCCGCUCAAAGAGUAACAAGUUGUGGAAGUUAAGUGACCCAGUGGAAACUACACUGCAGUAAAUGGACAGGAUCCAUGUAGGGACCCACAGCCUGAACCUCUGCGGGCCUAAUGCAUGGAUUGUGGUCGAAACACAGAGCAGCAUCGCCAGCAUUUAAACAGAGAAAAGAUAGUUUGAUGUUCUGGGUCAGGUUCCUUAAGAUGUAACUUUGUUGAAUGUAUAUAAUUUUCCAGAUACUGAUGGACCUGUUGUACAUGCCAUUAUUUCCUGAUUUAUUUUACAUUCCCCAUCAUAUACAGUUUGUUUAUUCUCCCCUCAUUCUGGUACAAUAAAUGGUGAAGUUUCA